AUGGCCGCCACGGCCAGCGCGCGCGCCGUGGCCCUGCAGGCCCUGCUGCCGCUGCUUUUGCCACCGCUGCUGCUGCUGACCGCCCCGACUUGCAACGCUCAAGAUUCCUCCCCUGACGCUGUGAAUGAAGUCCCUGUACCCUACAGUGAAGGCGGCACGCAGGAGCUGCACGCGCUGCUCAAGGGGCAGGCGCUGCUGCCGUGCGACAUCACCCCCGAGGAGCCCGGCGACAGCGUGUUCCUGGUGGUGUGGUACAAGGACGACCUCACGCCCAUCUACAGCUACGACGUCCGCGGCAAGCACAGCGGCUCGCCCUCGCACUGGAAGAACCUGGACGUGGUGCAGCAGCGCGCCUACUUCCGCACCAGCACGGAGCCCGCCUCGCUGGCGCUGAGCGACGUGGAGGAGCGCGACUCGGGCCACUACCGCUGCCGCGUGGACUUCAAAGCCAGCCCCACGCGCAACACCAAAGUGCGACUCGUCGUUGUCGUGCCCCCCGGCAAGCCCACCAUCGUGGACUCGGCCGGCCACCGCGUGGAAGGCUCGACGCGGCCCUACGAGGAGGGCCAGUCGCUGGAGCUCACCUGCCUCGUCCACGGCGGUCGGCCCGUGCCCACGCUGUCCUGGUGGCGCGGCUCGCAGCUGCUGGAGUCCAUGGACACGACGGCGGAGCUGGCGCCGUUCGGGGCGUCCGGGCCGCGGUCCAGGAAGCUGCGCAUCGCCAGCCUGUCGCGCCGCCACCUGCACGAGGCGCUGCACUGCCAGGCCGCCAACAACAACCAGUCGCGGCCCGUCUCCACCUCCGUGGCCGUGGACAUGCGACUGAGGCCGCUGAGCACCAGCAUCCUGCCCACGGACGGCGCGCCGCUCUCCGCGCACAAGCCCGUGCAGCUGGUGUGCCAGUCGGUGGGCUCCCGCCCGCCCGUCAAGAUCACCUGGCUGAAGGACGGCAAGCGGCUAGACAAUGCCAAUCAAGUGGAGACCAACGAAGGCAACGUCUCCACGUCCACGCUCACGUUCGUGCCGCUGCAGCGCGACAACAACAAGACGCUCAAGUGCCGCGCCGAGAACGGCCACGUGUUCAACGGCACGCAGGAGGACGUCAUGAAGCUCAACGUGUUCUUCCCGCCGACGCUGCGCCUGGAGCUCGGCAAGGGCAUCAAUCCCAAUGACAUCGAGGAGGGCGACAACGUGUACUUCGAGUGCCACGUCAACUCCAACCCGCCGGCCUACAAAGUGGUGUGGAAGCACAACGGCGUCCCCAUCCAGGGCAACACGCGCGCCGGCGUGAUCCUCAUCACGCAGAACCUGGCGUACCAGCGCAUCUCGCGCACGCAGGCCGGCAACUACUCGUGCGUGGCGUCCAACGUGGAGGGCGACGGCACCAGCAACCUGGUGGCGCUCAACGUCAUGUACAAGCCGGUGUGCGUGGAGGGCCAGAAGCGCGUCUACGGCGUGGCGCGCCAGGAGCGGGCCGAGGUCCUGUGCCAGGUGGCCGCCUACCCGCCGGCCGAGUCCUUCCGCUGGUCCUUCAACAACACCGCCGAGACGCAGGACGUGCCGCCGGCGCGCUACAGCACGGCGCCCACGCACGUCCCGGGCCGCGGCAGCGCCACGCACUCGGGCUCCACGCUCAGCUACACGCCCGCCACCGAGCUGGACUACGGCACCGUCAUGUGCUGGGCCACCAACCGCGCCGGCAGCCAGGCAGAGCCCUGCGUCUUCCACAUCAUCGCCGCCGGCAAGCCGGACACGCCCUUCAACUGCACGCUGCUGAACCAGACGUCGUCCGCGCUGGGCGUGGAGUGCGUGGCGGGCUUCGACGGCGGCCAGCCGCAGCGCUUCGAGCUGGAGGUGUACGAGGCCGCGUCGCACCGCCUGCUGGCCAACGUGUCCUCGGACCUGGCCGGCUUCACGGUGACGGGGCUGGCCCCCGGUCUGGUGCUGCGCAUGCUGGUGUUCGGGACCAACAGCAAGGGCCGCUCCGAGCCCGCCAAGCUGGAGGGCUUUACGCUCAAGAGCGCCGAGAAGCAGACUGAAGAGAAUCUGCUGUCCUUGCUAGGCCCGCCCGAGUUGACGCUGACGCCGGUGCUGGGCGGCGUGCUGGGCGUGGACAAGGCCGCCCUGCCGCUGCGGGACGACGCCGACGACCUGCCGCCCUACUCCGACAAGGACGACCGCAACCCGGACCUCAUCCCCUGCAACAAGGAUUCGGACUACCAGCUGGGCACGCCCGGCCAGAAGACGCUGACCCCGGACAACGGUGUGCUGGGCGGCCACCACGGCGUGGUGCACGCCACGCUGCGCAACGGCGACGUCUUCAGCAAGCAGGACAACCGGGAGGCGGAGCGGGAGCGCUACAUCGGCAGACAGUUUCGGGAGGUGCGGUGCAGAUGUUUGUGCAACAUUGGUGCCCUUACCUUGGAUCCCUUAGAACUCGAGCCUCGUUUUGAAGGGCAAUCCUAG